ACUUAAGCGUUUCUAAGCGAUAACACAGCUUAAAAACUUUAGUAUAAAUAUCCAAUUUAGCUCGUAGUUUGAUAGUCCAAUGAAAUAAUUACAGUGCAGCAAAUAUUGUGAUUCUAGGCCCCAGAAUCACAGUCGGUGUUUUUAAGUGGUUGUUUUGUGUAACCUAUAUAGGAGUGUCUAAAUUUAUUCUAACUUAGCCAAGAAAUUUGCUGAAGAAACAAACAUGUCUGCCGGAUCGGUUCUAUUCCUAACCAUCGUGUUCACUGGAUACAUUUACUGGAGUCUUGCGCAACCCACCAAUGUCCUGGAGAUCCGCUGCAAGCUGUACGCCCGUCCCGGCGUCCAAGACACCGGCGAGUGCCCUCACGGUGCCGAACUAAACCCGUGCGGCAAGCUGUCCUGCUUGAGCGGCGUCGGCGACAAGUGCGGGGAGAACUUUGCCGGCAUCAUCAUGUACGGCAAGUGCGCCAGCGGGCUGAUGUGCUGCGGCGGCCAGUGCGUGGGCUGCAAGAACGGCAUCUGCGACCACCGGCUGUGCCCGCCGAAGCUGAUGGCCGGCACCCAUCACCAGUUCGGGGGCGUCGGCCAGCAGCAGCCGCCCGCGAUCUUUCCCUCGCUGUACAAGAUGUUCGACUACUACAGCAGCGAGACAGAGUAAGGCGGGGGAGGAGGUGGAGGAAGGAGGGAAGCAGGAAACCGGUAGACUGAUUCGCAUGUAGGUGGCCUUUUUAUCGGGGCUAGACUUUUGACAGUUAGCCGAUAAAACGGCCAAUUUGGCAUUGUGUAUGGUUAGCUUCGCAAUGGUAGCCGAAUUUUUAUUAGAGUUGUCAAUCGACAGAGCAACAGGACUAGGAAACGUACAAAAAAGCCAGGAGCGAGUAGAGCUAGUGACAGCAACUUAUAGCGCAAACAAAUGUUUAACCAACGAGCCCCCUAUCUAUACCUAUCUAAUCGAAAAUACGGAGAAAUUGGAUGUGAUAUUACCCUGUACGAAUAAAGCAAAUUGAAUUAAAUUCAAAACGAGAUUUUUUAUUUAAUGGUUUUUUUUUUUCAACUUUUAGUUACAAUCAUGUUGUGUUUAGAUGUCAAAUUUAUCGUUUGUUUUUUUAGUGCCCACCCUCUUUCCCACAAGUCCUUUUUAUUUAGAAAAAAAUCUCGCAAAAGUUUGGUUGAUUUAAGUUCAGUUUGAGAUUUAGUGUUUGGUUUGGUUUUUAAGUUGUAAAAUGUUUAAAUUAUGUUUAAAUUUGUUGGUUGUUGUUUUGUUGCGAUUUUUAUACAAUUUUAAACUGGUUUUGUUUGAGUUUUUAAAUAAAUGUUUUAUCGUAUCAGUCUUGUAAUAUUUUAUCAGUCUUAUUUUUGCUUUAUGAUAUUUAAAAUAUCAAGUUGCGUAUUUGAAUAGUACGUUUUCAAGAUUUUAGCUUUUUCGUGAGUGUAACUUUUAAGUUAGGUAGAAUAAAUUCCAUGUUCUUACUAAUUAAAUUUAGUUUUUCAGAGGAAUUAUCAACAAUUUAAUUUUAGAAAGAUUCUAUUAAUCAGAUUUUGCAAAAUUCGAGAACCAGACUCUAACGAUCCAACCUAGCUAAUCCAACAAAAAAAAGCUGCCAAGACGCGGAAAUCCCCCGUUGCCCACCGGUCUCUUCCCGCUGGCCGCUCACGGCACGCGGUCCGCGUCCGGAGCUCUUCUCGCUUGCCGACCGGCGAGAUCCGCGCACCCGUUGGGCAAUGCUCUCUUCCCGCUGGCCACCUUGGACGCGGUCCACGUCCAAAGCUCUUCCCGCUUGCCGAGCAUGCCGAUGAUCCUCCGGAACCCAGGAACACCCCAGCUGGAAAACGGGCGGGGCACCUCUUCCCGCGGCUUACGGCCUCCUCUUCGCGCUUGCCGGUGCCCACGGCCCGGAAGUAACCGUACUUCCUCAAGGUCAAGGUCAAGGUCUCGUCCGGAAGGAAGACCGAGGGUGGUUGUGUGAGGUUAGGUUUUGUGCGGUUUGUUUUUGUUUUUUAGUGGCGGAGUUGGAACUGGAGAGAAAAAGGUCAAUUUCUCGAGGCACCCCUUCCGGUAUCUUCGGAUGUGGCAUCCAAGGCCUCGAGGUUAAAGGCACUGCGCUGGCUACAGAACCAGGCGCGGCCAGUA